CCACCGAUGUAUUAAAUAAUUUAGUUUAUGGCAUAAGAAUUGAUGUAGAAAACGUAAAACGAAAUAAUAAUUCAUUAUCUAUGAAUCAAAAGGAGAAUCUUGAAAAUGAACUCAAGGAAAUUCUACCAUCACGCUUUUAUGGAACGAGAUCAAAUUAUGAUGAAAAUAUGAGUCAAACUUAUGAAGGAGAUAGUGAAUGCUCUGACUGUUUUGAAGAUGACUCAUCAUCUUUUAAUACUGAAGAUGAAAUGAGAUCAAAUUAUGAUGAAAAUAUGAGCCAAACUUAUGACGGAGAUAGUGAAUUCUCUGAAGGUGAUGACUAUUUUGAAAAUGAUUCAUCAUCAUAUAUUACCGAAGAUGAAAUGAGAUCAAAUUUUGAUGAAACCACAAACCAAAUCUUUUAUGGAAAUGAUGAAUGUUCCCCUACUGAAGAAAUGAGAUCUAAUGCUGAUGGAAAUGUCGGAGAUACGAAUCAAACCUAUGACGGAAAUGACGAAGUUAACUCUUUUGAUUUUAUGAAUUAUUUUCCGUAUCAAGUUGAAAAUAUUCAUAAUGACGCUCUUCCGUAUAUGCUCUUUCAUGGUGAUUUAUUUGAACUUACCCCACAUUCACAUAAUGCGUCACCGCAGCAAGAAAUCAACAGUCCCCAAUACUUUAUUUAA